CCCCUGAAAGAAUGGAUAAAUUUGACCUGAUUAAGAUCAUUGGGGAAGGCACCUAUGGAAAAGUGUACUUGGCGAAACAUAAAAUGGAAAGCAAUCAGUGUGUCAUAAAAGAGAUUGAUUUUACAAAGGAAAAAGAAGCUUCAAAGAAAGAAGUGGUCCUUCUGGCUCAGAUGAGGCAUCCCAACAUUGUAACCUUCUUUGGUUCAUUUCAAGAGAAUAACAGGCUCUUUAUUGUAAUGGAAUACUGUGACGGAGGGGAUCUCAUGCGGAGGAUCCAGAGGCAGAGGGGAGUGUUAUUCAGUGAAGACCAGAUUCUGUGCUGGUUCGUACAGAUUUCGCUAGGACUGAAGCACAUUCACGACAGGAAGAUACUACAUAGGGACAUAAAAUCCCAGAACAUUUUUCUUAGCAAGAAUGGGAUGGUGGCAAAGCUUGGGGACUUUGGAACGGCAAGGGCACUGAAUAAUUCCAUGGAACUUGCUCAAACAUGUGCUGGGACACCUUACUACCUGUCCCCAGAGAUUUGUCAGAACAGACCAUACAACAACAAAACGGAUAUUUGGUCUCUUGGAUGCGUCUUAUACGAGCUCUGCACACUCAAGCAUCCUUUUGAGAGUAACAACUUACACCAUCUUGUUCUGAAGAUUUGUCAAGGUCGUGUCACUCCCAUAUCGCCCCACUUUUCUCCUGACCUACAGUCCUUGAUACCUCAGCUCUUUAAAGUGUGUCCUCAGGAUCGACCAUCCGUUAACUCUCUUUUGAAAAGGCCUUUUUUAGAAACUCUUAUUGCCCGACACUUCUCUCUUGAGGUCCAUUCAAGAAGAAUUCAGUCCCAUGCUCGCAUGCAGAACGCAGCUAUCGGCCUCACAUCUCGCUGGGGAGGUAGUCCAUGGGCGCAGCAUCACCUCCUCAUUCAUUUAGAGGGAAAGGGGCUGGACCACAUCCUGCUCUCUGGAGCUUCUGUGUGUGCAGGGAGCAGACAAGGAGCAUGUAAUGGGGGAGCAGGUCUUCGUCCGUCUUCUGCUGAGCCACAUCCCAACGAGAGAGCAAACUUACAAAGCCACAGGGAGGAGACUAAACUCCAGGAGCUUCGGUAUAGGAAGAACAAAAUGAAGGACCAGGAAUAUUGGAAACAGCUGGAGGAAAUCCGCCAACAGUACCACAGUGACAUGAAGGAAAUUAAAAAGAGGAUGGGGCGAGAGCUGAAGGAGAAUGCAGACCUCAGUCAUAAAACCUAUUUGGUGAAGAGGAGUCACCUGCCUGCCCACCCUGACGUUCCUGAGGAAGAGGCCUCGGUGCAGAAAGGAGUAAAGUUUGAAAUUAGCCUAGAUAAAUGUAUUUCUGGGGAUGACAACAUCCAAGAGAAUGAGGUAAUGGAUAAACUAAAUGACACUUUGAGCUUUGAAGAUGGCAUGAAGUUUCAGGAGUACAGACCUAUAAAGGAGCAUGAAGAUUACACAGACAGAGCCUUUGAAGAACUCUGUGGCCCAGAAACAGAGGGCUGUCACUUUUCUGAGAUCGUCUCUGUGGAGAACAGGCGGCGGUGGGAUGCCCGAGCGCCUCAGACUCUGCUGCAAAUAAUGGCAACAGCGGAUGUCACCUCCACCUGCCCCACCAUGCCUGAGGAUGGCCAAGUUGUUGUGAUGGAAGGUAGUCCAGAAAGUGGGAAGCAGUGGUGGUAUGUACCAGGGACCUCGAGUGCUUUGGCAGCAGCCCAUGCCUGCAGUAAUUCACUGUCAGCCAGGGAAGGAGAGCCUGGAAUGAUAAAACCACAGCUUCCUCAAGCAGACCAGGAAGAGGCAGAAAUAGCCUCUGAUGUUGUAGUGGAUGAUGAACAGCUGGAUCCAGGAUCUGACGGUGAUAUAAAAUAUGAGGAGUCUGAAGAUGAGUUGAGAAGUGAAAUGAUAGAAUCCCUAGAAAAACUUGCAACUUCCACAGAAGAAAGGGAAGAGGCUCCCAGCUGCUCCAAGAAUGCUGAAAAGCCAGGAGAGAAAAGAAAGGCUAAACUUGGCAGCCAGAAACUCCAGUGAAGGUCUGGAGUUUGGCCUGUCUAAUCUGCAUUGUUAAGACCACAGUUCAUCAAAUGCCAGUCAAGAUGUGCACAUAUAAAUAACCUACCUCUCAUUGCUGGUGAUUCAUGUCCCUAAAGAAAAAUCUCUCACUGAGCUCAUACUUUGCCCAGAUUAUGCUCUUGAGGGACAACU